UCUUUCGCUUUGCUCUCUCCUAUAAACCCCCGCCGUCCACGGCUUAAACCCUAGACAUCUCCUCCCACCUCUCUCGCUAGUCCUCUGCGACGCCUCUCCGUCGGGACGUCGAUUACAGUUCUCAAGAGUUGCUGUGGCUAGUUUGAAGAGCAUGUCGAAUCCAAAGGUUUUCUUCGACAUAUUGAUUGGUAAGAUGAAAGCCGGCAGGGUUGUAAUGGAGCUGUUUGCUGAUGUCACGCCCAAAACUGCCGAAAAUUUCCGUGCUCUGUGCACCGGGGAGAAAGGGAUUGGUAGAUCCGGGAAACUGCUGCAUUACAAGGGAUCGGCCUUUCACCGUAUAAUCCCAAACUUCAUGUGUCAAGGCGGGGAUUUCACUAGGGGCAACGGAACUGGAGGAGAGUCUAUAUAUGGAACGAAAUUUGCCGAUGAGAACUUCAAUAUGAAACAUACCGGGCCAGGAAUGCUGUCGAUGGCCAAUGCAGGGCCCAACACCAACGGCUCUCAGUUCUUUAUAUGCACCGAGAAGACCCCGUGGCUGGAUGGGAAGCAUGUUGUGUUCGGGAAGGUUGUGGAUGGGUAUAAUGUGGUUAAGGAGAUGGAGAGUGUGGGUUCUGAUAGCGGAAGUAUACGGGAAACGGUUGUAAUCGAAGACUGCGGUCAGCUAUCAGAGAAGUGAUGGCCAGUACUGUCGAGAAGGUGAAAUUAAAAUACUUGUCUAGACUGUUUAUGUCAUUGUGGAUGAGCCCCUUAAAAUUACUUAUGAUGCUGAACCUUAUGUCGCUCUCACAAAAAACCAUGACAUCUUCCUAUAAAGAUGUUCCAUCUACGGGACUGAUCGAUUCAAGUAUUGCUUGUCGAUGUAGUUCAAUUUUCAUGGCGCAAAAUAUCAUAGUUAGAGCAUCGAGGUCUGCGUGUAUCAUGACGCUUGCGGCUAAAUCACACUGUGUUUAAUCUUCUAGCUGUUUUUGCUGGAAACAAGUAAGAGAGAACUAGCAUUGAGCGCUCUCAACUCACGUA